UAACAGGUGACAGUUGAUAGAAGUUUACUCAUUGGAUAGGAUUAAUGUUUUUAUAAUAAACGAAUAAGCUGUUAAGCUGAAUAUAUUGAAACUGAUAACUCUUCUAGGAAGUUGAAAAGACCAUGAGGCAAUAGAUUAUCAAAAAUGCAUUCAAAUACCAUUCAAAACAAUUCAGACCUACCACCGGAGCUCUGUGCGAAACCUCUAGCCCUUGUGGGUGUUAGUGGUUUGGAUGUUGUAAAAAAUCCAAUCCACAAAGCUAUCUGGGAAACUUUUAGCAGCAACAGGCGUUUGGAAAGAACACCUGUACUGUUUAAGUUGAUGAGCAAUUCGCAUGAAUUCCCCGUAAUCAAACCUCGAAGAAACUCCUAUGACUGGUACAUUCCCAAAGGCAUUCUCAAAAAGAACUGGAUGAGUAAACAUUUGUAUGAGGUGCCUGCUGUUGUUGUGAUAUUUUUUGAUUUGGAUUGGAACGAUCCACAGUGGAAUGAAAAAAUGAUUGAAUGUGCUUCGAGAGUACAAUCUAUGAGAGCUUCUUUGGAAGGGCACAGCACUCGACUAACAGUGGUUCUGAUCCAAAACACUGUCCCGCUGCCUGCCGGAGAGGAUUCCCUCUCGGCAGAACGUGCCCUAGCGUUGUCUUCCAGUUGUGACUUGAACUCUCAGUACUUGUUUGUUUUGCCUCACGGAGACCAUCUUCAAGGAUAUGCUAUAAGACUGGAAUCUGCAUUUUUCGAACUGGCUCAGAUCUACUAUCACAACGAAGGGAAACACAUAAAGUCCCAUAAAGAACAUUUGAAUAAGAACACCCACCAGUAUUUGUUCGUGAGGCAUCAGUUCAAGAUGGGGUUUAUGUACGAGAUGAAGCAAGAUGCACAUUCUGCUCACAAACACUACACACACGCAUAUAAUAGCCUUCUUGAAAUCAGAAUAGUAGACACAAAUGCUCUGGAAAUUCGAACCGUCGCUGGUUUCAUCAAUUACAAACUGUGCAGGCUACUUUUCGCUCUAAAUCUCCCGAGAGAUGCAAUUUCCCAGUUCAAAGCCCACAUCGACCGGUUCAAGGCUAGGAUGGGAUUCCAAGAAUUGGCGUUUGAACACUAUGCUUGGUUAUCCAAACAAUAUUCAGUCUUUGGCGAUAUUUUUGACGAGGCUGUGAAGCAGGGCCUUCCUGCUGUUCAGACUCAACAUCCGGGUUUAUAUUAUCAACAAGCUGCUCAGUAUGCUAUCCAGAGGAAAAAAUCCUGCCAAGAACUUUGUUCUGCCGUCAUAGCUUACCCACACCCAGACCCUUUGGAGGGUUGGAACCAUAUGGAAUUCUAUGGUCAGAGACCUUGGAGACCCGGUAAAAUGUCAGGGGACGUCCCUGAUCCUCAACUAGAAUCCAACGGCAUCCAAGCUUUGCAAUUUUUGGAGAAGCAUCUGAAUCAUUCAAGCUUGAUAAUAGCCUUAUACGGACUGGCCAUCACCCAGUUCAAAACAUACAGAUGUCCAAGGACGAGGCGACACUUGGUACUGCAAAUGGCCGACGAAUACUAUGAUUCCAAAGACUACGGAAAGGCACUGACGUUGUACACGCAUAUGCUCUGGGACUUUCGAAUCGAAAAAUGGUGGGGAAUCCUGUCUCAAAUUUUAGAAAAAGCUAUCAGAUGUGCAUACUUGACCGCAAAUAUUCAAGACUACGUGUUAUUGGCUAUAGAGUUGCUAGGAUCAAACGUGCUCAUCAGUCUGGAUGAGAAACGGAGGAUUUAUGAAAACCUAGUGAGAAUAUUGAAGAAACAAAUACCUUUUGGUGAUUCCAAACUUCCGCAAGACGUCUUACAAAAUGCCAUUAUACUGUGGCAGCCCGUAUUUUCAGAAAAACCCUUGAGCUUUUCCCUCGAUAUGGCUAAUAUCGUUUCUUGCAUUGCAACCAAGGCGAGGUUUUUAAAAAACAGUUACGAAGUAGAUCAAAACGUAUCUGUAGAAAUUUAUGUCAAGAGCACCUGCCCUUUCCCAUUGGCGUUUUCAAAAGUAUCUGUCACUAUUAACACGCAGGGUUAUACCUCAGAAUUUGCUGUAACAAAUCUGGAAGGGGUUUUCAUCAGUUUUCAUAAGGACGAAGUGAAAAAAUUUGUUGUAGAAUUCAUGGCAGAUUCAAGUGAUAUCAAUAAAGAAAUCCAGAUUGCAUCCAUAAAUCUAGUCCUCGGCAGCCCCAACGAGUUCAGUUUAGACUUGAAAUACUCCCCCGAAGCUGACACGAACGCCAAUCAUUUAGAGUUGUCGCAUUUCAAAUAUAACCCUGACAUGUUAAACUUCGAUAACAUCCAUCCACUGUCACAAGCUGCAGUAGUUCCGAGAGAGUCGAAAUUGAAAGUCGAAUUCGACCAUCAAGAUCCAGCUCUGCUGGGAGAGUGGUAUGAGAUCCAGACCAAUGUUUUUAAUAAAGAAAUUCAUGCCAUCAGAGAUAUAAAAGUUGAAGUCAGAAUGGAGGAGGAUAUUCCAGAAGUUGAACUAUCUUUAAAACCGAUCCCGCAACAUGCGAAGCAACCUACGUUGUUGGUGAACUCCGAAUCGCUGAAUCCAGAAGAAAAAUUUGCUUGUCGGUUUUUCAUCAGAUCGAACCUGAUCUGUAAAUUCGCCGUUCAGGUUAUUUUCAUCUACACCUUGGACGGGGACAAGUCAGUGCUUAGUACAAAGACCGAAAAGCUGUUAAUAACUGUCGUAGAACCUUUUGAACUAACCUCAAAGUUUUUAUCCUUGUUGAUGAACGAUAUUGACAGGUUUUACGCCGAGGAGGAAUUCGGCAUAAUGAAGUAUUUGAGGUUCACUUCUCCCUGGCCAAUUAUCGUAGAAGACACUUCUUUCAGCUAUACGGCUCCUUUUGUUUCUACAGAAAGGGAAUACGUCAGUCAAUUGGCGAAUAAGAUGUUCCACUCUGAUGAAAUUGGGGCUGAGCUGCAUUUGGCCAUGUGCGAAAAAAAGUCAGACGCGAACUUGAAUAUUGGAAAGUAUUCUGUCAGAUGGAAAAGACAAAAUGGGCACAGUACAGUCACCGCUCUACCUAUAGCAGGCCUUAUAUGUGACUGGAUACCCAUAGGUUUAAAAAUGGUCGCCCCUUCGUAUGGUUUUCUUAGGACGCCAAUGAUAUUGAGCUAUCAUGUACAAAAUAGAUCUCAGGAACUGGUGCAUCUAGAACUAGCCAUGGAGGCUAGCGAGGCCUUUAUGUUUUCAGGAUACAAACAAUUUUCAGUUUCUGUUUUACCAAAUUCGACUAGAACUCUUCAGUACAACUUGAAUCCAUUGAUAGCUGGCAACGUGGCCUUGCCUAAAUUCUCUCUUAAGAGUACUGAAAAUGGAGAUGAGAUUGAAGAAUGCUUUGUUCAACACGAUGAGAUGGAUUCGUUGACAAAACGGACCUUGCCCACACAUAUUUAUGUAAUGCCUCAAGUCAAAGGUAACCCGAAGUCGACAGCUUCGUUUAUACAGGGAACUCUAACAGAAGCGAAUUAGAUGAAAUUUUUAAUUUUGUAAAUAUUUUUGUUUUCUAUUUUUGAAAUAUAUAUAUAUUUAUAUGUUGA